AGAUAGUGCUACGCCAUUGGACUAAAGUGCAGGGGAAUGGAUAAUGUGCAGAAUACGCUUUCGAAAGGGAGCAGGACCGCAGCAGUACACGCAGCAAGUUAAGAUUGUCAAGAUGGAUGCUCAGUACCAUCGGUUCGAAGUAUGGAUUUUGCCGCGUGAUUCGUAAAAGAGAAUUGUCGUUGAUGUUUAAUAAGAAAAAGAUUGUGCAUCAGAAAGUUUUGUUGUUCAUAGUAUCCUAAGGUGUUUUAUAGUGUCUCGAUAUGCAGCGUUAAGUAAACCGAAUGCUUUCAUAUAGUGAUGAGAAAAACACCUAAAAGCAGUGCAGUAGUAGCAGUCUUCUACAAUGGUGGAUAACAAUUGUAUUAUCGAGGGAAACGUCAAAUUUCGCGAUGGCAAAAAAGUAAUGGAAAUCAAGAUGGUGUGUCAUGAGAAAAUUAUCACCAGUUGCAGAUUGUCUUCAUUUACAACUUUACGGAGAUAGCAAGGAUCGAUAUAAACAAGGCCAAACAAAAGCUUCAUUAAGCUUGCAACAUUUCCUCGGUGUAGAGAGUGGUUUCACUCUUGAUAAGGAAUCAAACACAAUAGCUAUAAUAUGCCAAGAUGUGACGGUUGUUUUGGCUUUCGACACCAGAGAACGAUUGAUACAAUGGCAAGUGAAAAUCUCUAACAAUUUGGGCGAAGAUCAACAGUUCCUGAUCCUAAUUUCCACAGUUCCAUCGAAAGCGAAACUAACAAAUGGCCCAGCUCAUUUACAUAUUCAGGAUCGUCGUUUCUGUAUCACAGUCGGAAUACCUCCCAGAUUAGUUGGUAUUUGGGAAAUCGCGCAUCUUCGACGAUACGGCGUGGUGGAAGGACGAUUUUGCUUCGAGGGUGGUUCGAGAUGCGGUCGAGGGGAAGGUCUUCACGUACUAAUAACGGAUCAAGGAGAAGAUAUUGUAAAGAUGCUGCAAUUAGCGGCGGAAGGGAAGCUGACGAAAAAACGACCAAUGAGCAGAGAGCAGAUAGCGCAGGAAAGCCCGCGCCGUCAAUUCUCCCGAUCGGAAACGAGGGCUAGCGAUUUCUUCCCCUCGGCUGUUUACUCGUCCACGUAUGAAGAGCAGUGCGACAGCUGCAAGAACGAGAGCUCGCCCUAUUGGUCGUCUACCGAGAGUAGGCAACAAACUGAACUUGACAGGGAUUAUAGUAGCAGAGACACUGUCUCCGUGUCGGAAUUGCCUGAUCAGCCGGGAGAAUGGCGCAGCUGUUCUCUCACUCGUCAAGGAACAUCCGCUCUCGAACGAUGUGCUAGUUGUAUAAGCAAGCUAGGAACUGUCUCGAAAUCCUCGACUUUAGCCACUACGACCGGAGCAAGCAGUAUAAGCAGUCCGGCAGGAACUAUGAAUAAUUUAGGAUGUCACUUGCAACCACGCACGCUCGAUCGAUUGUCAUUAUCCUCGUACAGUAGUAGCAGUCAUGACAGUGAUUAUUCCAGUUCACAACAAAUGGAAUGUCAUUGUUCGCAAAAUUCGAAGAAUUCGCAGCAACAAUCGAGCGUUCAACGCGUGUCGCCAAGUCCUAGCGCAUUGCCGCCGAGACCUCCGAAACCGUCCCAAAGCACUGCCACAAAAAAGGUUAAGAAACCUCCCAUGCCAUUGCCAAAUGAACAAGUUUGCGUUCACUCGCGUAAGCAGCAAUUGGUCCUGCGAAACACACCCGCUGCUGCUGGUCCUUACGAAAAUUACGACGUACCCAAGACGAUUUUGGGCCAUCAUAUGGUGUUGGAACAGAAUUCUCAACCGGAUCAGUAUUAUGACACGCCAAGGAAAAUCAAAGAAUGCCUAGCACUGCCAAAAACUUAUCCUAAUUACGAUACACCGCAAACACCUCAAGCUGUAGUGUUGCAGCAAUGCGGUUGUCCGGCCAAGCUCACCGUUCAAUCUCCCAGAUCCUCCGGAUGUCCCUGCCAAAAUGUGAUGAGUUGGGCUGGUUUCGUACUGCCAUAUUGUAGAAGAGGUGCAGGAAUUGAACCAACCGGGGUUGCUGUGCAUCCUGUGAAACUUUCUGGAGAAGGGAAAAUGCCUGUGGUUAACGCAAGCGGAGAGAUUGCGAUUUACGCAACAGCGAAACGGGUCAAGAAAUCGGAGAACGUGGAAGAUAAGAACAAGGAUAAUUGCGAAUGUCCAGAAACCAGAACCAACAAUUAUGAGAACGUUGAACCUGUUAUCGACACGCAACCUGAGUCUAAACAGGCGAAUUACGCGAAUAUAGAUUUCACCCAAUCCCUCGAGCAUUACGAAAACAGUAAAGACCUUUUGGCGAAGAGUGGAAUAUCACAAGAAGAAAUAGAAAAAUUUUCCGAUCAAAUUAAGGACGACACACCUGAACCGCCCACAGAAGAUUCGUCCAAAAUAUGCCAGAAGUGUGGCCACGUUAAAGAUAGCGAAAACGAUUAUUUAGUUAUGGAUCCUGAAAAGCAAACGCCAAAGAAACCGUUCCCUGGCUAUUUACCGAUGCAACCAGCGCACAAUGCUUGUUCGAAAGAGAUUUUGUCCAGAAUUUGCAGCGGUAUAAAGAGUUCGAGCAAUCCUGCAUUAUCAGGUUCCGCUUUGUCGGAAAGCGGCAAAAAGAGAUCCGAUUCCGAGUUUCGUGUUCCAGGUUCGGCGAUGUUGUCCAGCCCGUAUCUUAGACGUCGUUACUUGGACGGAAAUGGUUCGACAGAAUCAAAUGGAAACAUUGGUUUACUGUUAAGAAAACGAUCUUAUUCUGCAGAAUCUGCUCAUUAUUUGGAUGAUGAGAAUCAUACGUUCCCUUCGACGUUGACCAUUCAUAAAUGUUCCAGCGAAGCGGACAAAGCCUCUCUGGUAAGAGGAGAAACGCAUUCUCCAUGCGUUAAUUCAGAAGUCAAGAUUAACCAAGAUAAUGGACAAAUAUCGGUAACCUCGCCCCAACCAUCGUUCAUAAAAAUUCGACGCUCCUCUUCCGUUCCAUCCAAAACUGGUCAUAACAGAGACUCUUCUAGUAGUAACGAUUCAGGUGUUUCUACCGGAUCUCUUAGUCAUAGAACGGCAGAAUUCGUGGAGUUCGAAUUAUCAUUGACCGCUUCGACGUCGACGAGGAAGCAGAAUGUGUUGUCUGUUUAUAGAAAAAGUUCACCGCCUACGUGUUAUCACAGCAGUUUACCAAGAAAAUCAAAAUCCAGUGAUCCACUUCGAGAGUUGUCCUUUCAAUUUCAGAAAAUCAAAAUCCCUACGAAAUCCUCUUCAGCAGAAGCUGACAUUCCGACAUGUUUACCCAAGGCAACGAAAGGCUUCAAUAGUCCAGGGGAAGUGUCUAAUACCCCUUAUAUCGACUCGCGAAGCACGAGUAGCGGUACAUCUGAUAUGUCAGAUUAUAUCGAGACGUUGUCGUUAUCCUCUCACUCGUCAUCCGAUACGCCGGACAGUCUGAGACUGGGUGGCAGAGCAGUUGCAACGACGCUUCGUCCUCGCAGUGGAAAAGAGUAUUACAAGAUUGACAGAAGUAUUCUUGUCGAGCAAGGAAGAACGUUGACGACACCAUCAGCCAAUUACGCAAAUAUUACCCCAGUACUUGAGAAAAGCGAGUCCCCUUCGCCUGGAUAUAUGAGCAGCUCUCCCUUUGAACAACCGCAACCUACUCGUGAACACUUUUUGUUUCCCGAUGAAGCUUGAACGUAGCAACAUUGUUUGGGAAGAGAGCGGAAAAUUUGAAGUUCCUAGGAAUUCCAAACAAAACCAGUAAGAGUAUUCAUGGUAGAAAUUUAUAAUUGGGGCAUCAUGACUAUUUACACUAUACGCAAGUAUCUAGUUGAUUAAUCUCAAUGCUUUUUUAAAGCAUUGAGAUGAAAUGCAUGGCAUGAAAUGUGUAUUGAAUCGAAAGAAAGAGAGGAUUAUCUUUUAACUUCCAAGGUUCAGAAAUCACAUUAAAAGGAACCUAUUCAUAACGCUUAUCUUUCUGGCUUUCUUUAUGUCUUUUUACAAUAAUGUCUUCUUACAAAGCGAAUCCGCACAAUCAAAAGAACCCAACAAAGCAAAGGGGAGUUUUUAUAAGAGAUUCUAGAUUCUAGCGUAUAGUUGAAAUUAAGUCAAUACAAUACAAUUGAAAUACUUCCUACAACGAUUUAAACAAUUUCUAAAAUAUGCUCAAUAAGAAACUGUAAUAGUUUGUAUAGUAAGAAUCCUGCCCUAGGAUAAAAAGAAGUGUGUGCAUCGUAUACUUUAUAUGAGUAUAUCGUUUUUUGGAUAUGUUUUAUUUUAUAUGAGUAUACUUCUAUAUAAUAGGGUAUUGUAUACCGGUUAAACCAGUGCAUUGCAAUUAAAUGCUCCGUGUUUAUACCGGUUAACGCGAUACCAUCGACUUACAUUCUAAAAUAUACAACCAAAAAGUUUAAAAAAAAAAAAAGAGAACAAAAUAAUGAAAAAAAAAGAAAGGAAAAUGCAAUGAAAGUAGUCAGUUGCAUAGCACUCACAGGGUUUUCAAAUCUUUACAACUUAUUUUCUAAAGGCUUAAGAUAACAUUUAUAUAGCCGUGAAAUGGUCUUCUUUUUAAUGAGAUUUAUAUGAUGGAUAUCGUAGUCUCUGGGCAAUCAAAGAUGGCACUAUGUAUAGAUUAUAAACGAGAUAUCUUUAAAUAAGUCCUAAGGAUACGCGAAUAUAAAACUCGAAUUAUUUUUAUUGAAUUUUUAUAAUUCAUGGGCAGAGACUUUUAAUCGGUAAUCAUUCUCAUCGUAUAUAUGUUCCCAUUUUUACGCGAUUAUAUGCGUUCGAUUUAUAUAAUUUUCCUACUAGAUUUUAUAUAUAUAUAUAUAUCUACGCAACGAAUUAGUUUUUAAUCGUAAUUGCAAUAUAAUUUUAUUUUUUUUCUUCAUAAUUAUAAAAACGUACUUAAAAUAUUUUUCAUUCGUACUUAAGAUAUAUCUAUGUCAUUUUUUAUGCGCGAAGAACGUUUAUAUCUCUAUGGAAUUCUUUACGGAGAGA